UUAUUGCGAGUGGUAUUGCUGCGGUGCAUCAGUGUUCAGUGAGGGACUUGACUUACGGAGACAAAGCAUCUGCUCGAGAACUAAGGAUGUCUGCUGGUGUGACGUCUUCAAGCGUGGUGGGUAUUACGUUUGAGGAUGGUGUGUGUGUAGCAACAGACACACUGGGUUCAUAUGGCAGCCUGGCAAAAUACCGAAAAUUGCCGCGCAUCGUCCAGCUGACAGAUCGUGCUCUGUUGGCUGCGGGUGGAGAUUAUGCAGACUUCCAGUAUGUGCGGGACCUCCUGGAAAACAAGAUUCAUCUCGACACUGUGGAUGGUGACACACCUCCUGCACCCAGGUCUCUGUUCUGCUGGCUGCGGCGUCUGCUAUAUGACCGGCGCACCCGGUUGAGGCCUCUGCGCAUGGACGCAGUGGUGGCAGGUCUGGAGCCAGAUGGGGAACCAUUCUUGGGUGUCGUGGAUCUGCGUGGCACUGCCUUCUCAGCACCCUCUGUGGCCACUGCCAUGGGUGCCUAUCUUGCAUUGCCUGGCCUGCGGGAGGCCGGAACUUCACUCAGACGCCAGCAGGCAGCAAAGCUGUUGGAGGAUAAGAUGCGAGUGCUGCUACUAAGAGAUGCACGCUCAUGUGAAGAGUUCCAGCUAGCAGUCGUAGAUGGCACAGGAGUCACCAUAGAGCCUCCACGCAAGCUGCAUGCCAACUGGCAGGUCGCCCACUCUGUCUGACUGUUCCCAGCAGAUGGCAUUGUCAGAUCUGUGUUUUGAUAAAAUAAAUAUUCUAAAAUUUGUAAUUAGUGUGUAGUACUUUAUCCAUCUUCAGCAUUGUAAGUAUAUUUGUCAAAAAAAGUAGUACCCUGUUGCAUGAAAGAAAUUUUAUUUCCUUACUGGUUUCAUGCACCUAAUGCCCUUUGACAGAGGACUAGAGUGCAAUGAUUCGAACAUUCUGAAGCUGGUUAAAGAAACAAAAUUUCUUUUGUGUGACUGCCCUUCUUCAGAAGAUUAGAAUGUGAUAAUUCUAUGCUUCUGGAAAAGGAAGCUAGAUACCUGAAACUGGCACAGAAAUAAAAUUUCUUUUGUGCAACUGG